AACUUUCUUUGGUUGACAGCAUCACAAAUUUGCUCUACAUGACAGAGAAAGCCUGUCAUGCGCGGCUCGUAAGGGGGAACACACGUGAAAAGAGUAAGUACUUCAUGGUUGUCUGGCAUGACAGGCGUAACUCUGAUGCAUGUAGUUGUGCAUCACAGAUUUACACUAACACAGUUUUUUUCUUGCAUAACAACAUACAAUCAUCCCUCCAAAAUAAACACCAGUCCGUCGACCUGCGCAGGGCCAUCCAGUGGAGAAAUAUGAAGUUGAA